AUGUGGUUUGUUUGGGUUUGUGGGUUGGGUAUGUUUGGUUGUUGGUUUUGGUUUGUAUGGGUGGUUGUGUGGGUUGGGUUUUUGAUGUUGUUUGUUGUUGUUUGGGUUGUGUUGUUGUUUGUUUGGUUGUGUGGUUUUGUAUGUUUGGGUGUUUGUUGUUGUGUUUGUAUGUUUGUUUGUGUGAUUGUUUGUGUUUGUGUGUGUUGUUUUGGGGUGUGUGUUUGGGAAGUUGUUUUGGUGUGUGGGUGGAUUGGGGGUGUGGUAUUAUUGUUUGUGGGUGGGGGGGUGGGGGGGGAAUUUUUUGGUGGUGAUGUGUUGGAAGGGUGGUUGGGUGGGUGGGUGGUGGGUGUAGGGUGGAUGGGGGGGAAAAUGUAG